AUGAUAACCACGACGCCGCGCCUGCGCGUCCGCCGCCCGUCCCCGACCACGGCCGAAUUCACCGUCACGACGCUGCCGCCUCGCACGCUCUCCCUCCGCAUCCUCCGCGUGCUCCUCGUGCUCGCUCGCCUCGUCCUGGCGCUCACGACGACGCUCCUGCUGUACGGCCGCUGGUGCUCGUGCCCCCUCGCCGGCGCCUCCGCCGCCACGGCCGCCGUCCGGCCGCCGUCGCUCCUCUCCCUGCCGGGGCUGAGGUACGCCCUCGACGGCUAUUCCCGCUCGUCGACGGCGCUCCUGCUCGCCAGGAUCGCGUCCUCCGUACCGCUCGGCCUGCUGGUCCCCGGCGCGGCGGCGGCCCUGUACACGCUCAGCCUGCGGCUGCACUCGCACGAGAGCCUGCUCGUGCUGCGCGGGCUGGGCGUGCAGACCACGGAGUCGCCGUCGAGCUACCUCGCCGGCCCGUCGACGCGCUUCAUCCCCACGGAGAAGAUUCGCGACAUUUUCGUCAACGAGGCCUUUGUCGGCUUCCAAGUCAGGUACUAUCUUGUCGUGGUGGUCGAGGGGGAGGAGGACGUCGUCAUUGUGUUCCCGGGGCUGCUGCCCAGGAGGGCCAUUGUCGAGACGGUCUGGAGAGGCGCGAGGGAGUGUCUGUACGAGGCGCCCAAGAGGGACGCGGAGUAG